AUGUUCUAUGCGCAAUUUGUUUUAUCAAAAAAGGGGCCUUUAGCAAAAAUUUGGUUAGCUGCACACUGGGAGAAGAAAUUGACAAAAGCUCAAAUUUUUGAAACAGAUGUCGGGCAAGCAGUAGAAGAAGUAAUGAAGCCAAAGGUCAAAAUGGCACUAAGAACCGUGGGUCAUUUACUACUUGGGAUUGUUCGAAUUUAUUCAAAGAAAACAAGAUAUUUAUUAGCUGAUACUAACGAGGCGUUUAUAAAGAUGCGACUCAAUUUCCGAGCCGGUUUCCAAAUUGAAAUUGAUGAUUACUGUGCACAAGACGACAAUGAAAACUACGACGAUGUCGAUGAAAUCAAUAUGACUGUUCCCGAAUUCCUUGACAUUGAAAUCGAUGAGAAUGUUAUGCAGCAACACAUCAGUCGCCUUGAAGAUAUUACGUUAAAAGAUGAUAUUAAUCUGAAUUCUACUUUAAAACAAUUAAACUUUGGUACCUGGAAUGACGAUUUCGGAGAAUUGGCAGACAUGUAUGAAUCAUACCCGUCAAGUUCAAUGCAUACACCGGACGCAUCAGUAUUAGAAUUUGCUCGUGAUACCAACGAAUCGCUCGCAAUCGACAAAGUGCCUGGAAAUAAUACAGAUAUAAUUAAUACUCAACCAAAAAAUUCACCAGCUACGAGAAAUACAACAGAGCUACAAAAUGAUAAUGCUAAUAACACUCUAGGAGAUAACCAUUUCGAUAUUGAUGGCGAUUUAUUCAGCUCAAUGCUUGAUGGUCCAUUACAAGUUCCCCAAGCAGUCAAUGACGAUUUAAUGGGUAAUUGUGGAGACGUUGACGAUUUCGUCGAGAAUGAGCACAGUAAAAGUUUGAAUUCGCAAAAGCCGCUUAAUGUUUCCCUUAUUGAUGGAAAACGGGGAAAGCGCAAUCGAAAGCCGCGAAAGUUAAUUGUUGAUGAAAAUACCAGCAUUUCUGAUGAUUUUCGGAAAAAGCAAAUGGAUGAUUUCAGCGAUACAUUAGGGCAAAUUACUGUAGCUCCACCUAACAAGAAAACGCGGAGGAUGUGCGAAACUGGUGUGCUUAAUGUGCUUAUGGAAGCACCGGGAAUAAUGAUUCGUAACCCUGAACUUUUAGAGCAGUACAAAUCCCGUUUAAUUCCAACUGCUUACAAACCAAAUCUUGGGGCUGAAGCUGAAUCAUCUUCUUCAUCGGAAAACCCUUGGAAUGACUUAGGACUUAGCGAAGAUAUUAUUAACAGUGGCUCUAUUGAGCUUGGCGAUAUCCAAAAUAAAGAGAAUGACGAAGAAGACGAAGCAGAUCCGUUCUCAAUAUCUUCAACUUCGACUUCUGGUACUCUUGAAUCAUUUGGAUUUGGAAGUACAGUCAAAAAACCCAUUUAUGAUGAUAGCAAAUGGGCAAAGCGAUCGAAACAUAUUUUGAAAAAAAUUUCUUUGGAAAUUGAAAACGGCGGAGAGGUUCAAUUUUCGAGUAUUACCGCAACAGCAAAAACACGAAAACAUGCUGCUGAACAAUUCUACUCACUUUUAACUCUUCUUAAAAAGCGCGCAGUAGAUGUAAUACAAGAAGAGCCCUUUGGGGAUAUCAAAAUUCGCGCCGGCGAGCUUUUUAAUGAGUUUUUAUUGAACGACGCAAGCUUCAUGAAAGAAGAAAUGGCUUCUCGGGUCAACAUUUGUGGAGUCAACAUUCUCGAUAAUCCGGCGAAAUUUACCGACAAGUUCAAAUUGGAAAUAGUGUUUGAAGUUUUUGAACAACUUCCUCAUGAUCUUGAGUGGGAACUCGUUUACGUUGGUUCAGGAACUUCCAGCGAGUACGAUCAGCUUCUUGACUCUGUUUUAGUUGGCCCUGUGCCGGAAGGUCGUCACAAAUUUACAUUCGACGCUGAUUGUCCUGAUGUCAAAAAGAUACCAACUGAAGACAUUGUCGGUGUCAGUGUUCUUUUGCUUCGUUGCAAAUAUAAUGAUCAAGAAUUCAUUAAUCUUGGUUGGUUUGUGUCGAACGAAUAUGAGGAUGAGGAGAUGAAAGAGAAUCCACCAGCUAUGCCGCAGAUAGAAAAACUGGCUAGAAAAAUACAAACCGACUCACUUCGUGUCACGACUUUUACUAUAAAAUGGGGAGAGGCUGAAGAAAAUGAAGUGAUGGAGGAAGACGAUGAGAGUAAAAGAGUUUUUGAUGAACAGGAACUAAUGCCGUUGAAUGAUGAUGAAGUUGAUGACGAGGAGGAAGAAGAGGACGAUGAAGACGAAGACGCGAGGGAAGUUGAUUUGAAUGAAUGCAUUGAAAAGUGCAAUCAGCGAAUCUCGAAAGCUCUUGAGAAAAAUGAAAUCGAAGAUAUUGAUAUGGAAUGCGAAACUGGAGAUGCUCAGGUGAUGUCAAAGGCGAUGGAGAAACCGCAGGAUCAUCAAAUUGAUCCAUUUACCGACAAAACGAACAAUGAUCAGCUCAUGGAAUAA